CGCGACUUUGUAAAAUCAAAAAAAGUAACUUUUUUUUUUACGCUUCUCUUUCAUUUUUUACAUUCUCUUUUUCUUUUUACUUUUUUAAUACAAUGACUUCACCUGCGAAACCUAUCAAAGGAAUUCUUAAACAUCACCAACAAGGAAAUAGCUCGAGUACUAAUGAACCUCAUUUGAAAUGGGAUGAAGACAAUCUUAUGCUAACCGAACAACAGAAAGACUCAACUAUGAAGGUAGAUGAACCCAAAACUCCCUAUAUUCGUUAUGAUGCGCAAACAGACCAGGUGAUGAAUCUACCAGAUAAUCUUGGGUAUCGGGCAAAACUUGGACCUGAAGAUAUUGAUGAAUUUGCUUUGGAUGGUGGUCAUGAAUCAGAUCGAUCAAGCGUCUCAAGUGGAAGAAAAGUUCGUCAAGUAUCUAUCAGUGAUGAUGAAUGGGCAGAUUCGGGCGAUGAAGAAGAAGACGAACAAGCUAAGAAGCGACAUGAAGAAUUUGCAAAGAAAAGGGCGAUGCAUUAUAAUAUGGGAAAUGUUUUACAUCAUCCAAUUAGAAACGACGAAGACGAUGAGGAUGAUGAUGAAGAGGAUGAAGAAAAUACUACUGUCAAAAAUCAUGAUCAUAUACCACCUGUUCCCCCAUUACCUCAAUAGUAUAGUAUUAUAGUAUAGUUAUAGUUUUUUUUAUUUUAUUUCAUUCAGUGUCAUACCAGUUAUCUAAUUUGAAUAAGAAUAAAGGACUGUAUCGUUACAU